GGCGGGAGCCAGGUGCCCGCGGCGCGCCCGCCAUCCCGGGCGCCGAGCAGGAAGUGGCCUCGGCGCGGCCCGGGCGCGGCCUCGGCAGGGCGCGCCUCCUCCGCGGCGCCUGGCGGAGCUGCGGGGCCGGGAGGCAGCCGGAGGCCGAGCCCGAGCCCGAGCGCCGGGAACGAGCCCCAAUGGCAGCCGCCUCGGCUGCGGUGGACGAGCUGUCCCGGAACUUCACGUACUGGGCGCUGGGCGCCAGCAACGGCUCCCUGUCGGGCGCGUGGUACCGCAGGAACCAGAUUCACCUUUUGGGAGUUUUGCUAGCCAUUUUAGGAAAUUUGGUAAUGAGUAUUUCCCUAAAUAUUCAGAAAUAUUCUCAUGUCCAGCUGGCGCACCAGGAACACCCAAGGCCCUACUUCAAGAGCAUGUUGUGGUGGGCUGGGGCCGCUCUCAUGGCCGUGGGGGAGAUGGGCAACUUUGCAGCCUACGGAUUUGCUCCCAUUACUCUCAUCGCGCCAUUAGGCUGUGUGUCUGUUACAGGUAGUGCCAUUAUUUCUGUUAUGUUUCUGAAAGAAAACUUAAGAGCUUCAGAUUUACUAGGUAUGACAUUGGCAUUUGCGGGAACAUACUUAUUGGUGAACUUUGCUCCAAAUAGAAGUCAGUCUAUCUCUGCAAGAACGGUACAGUAUUACUUUGUUGGCUGGCAGUUCCUGAUCUAUGUGAUUUUAGAAAUAUUAAUUUUCUGCACUCUGCUAUAUUUCCAUAAGAGAAAGGGAAUGAAGCACAUAGUGAUACUGUUAACCCUGGUGGCACUUCUCGCCUCGCUGACUGUUAUCUCGGUAAAAGCAGUCUCAGGCAUGAUCACUUUUUCUGUGACAGAUAAAAUGCAACUAACUUAUCCCAUCUUCUAUAUCAUGUUUAUCAUCAUGAUCGCAUCUUGUGUUUUCCAAGUCAAGUUCCUGAAUCAAGCCACGAAACUCUACGCUACGACGAUGGUGGUGCCGGUCAACCAUAUUUUCUUUACGACCAGUGCCGUUAUUGCAGGUAUCAUAUUUUAUCAGGAGUUCCUUGGCGCAGCUUUUCUAACUGUAUUUAUAUAUAUUUUUGGGUGUUUUCUGUCAUUCCUUGGUGUGCUUUUGGUCACAAGAAAUCGAGAAAAGGAACAUCUGCCACAAUCUUACAUUGAUUUUGGAAAUAUUCCUGGGAAACAAAUGUUGGACAAAAUACAACCAGAUCCAAAUGGCUUAUCCUAUGGAACUUUGCCUGAUGGAAGUGACUCAACAAAGAGCCAAAGUGGAGAGAAGAAAGAGGUCUAAGCCGCGGCUGCUGGCCUGUUAUUCGAUACCACCUUUAAAAAACCUCCCUUUGUGUCCGCAGCUAGUUUGUGCUGACGAGCAUUCCACGGCCCUUUAACAGCAGGGCCUUCCUAAGCUUUGACAGUCUCGUGUCCUCACGAAAUGUAAUUUGAAGUGUUCCCCACACCCUGGACAUUCCCCUCGUGAACAUCGAACCGGCUAGAACUUAAUGAGAGCCUGGCUCCCCAAGCAGGACUGUCACACAAAAAUGUGCAUUCACUAUUUGGCCACAGAACACACAGGCCGCCCUUCCCACACAACUUCGAGCAUCAGCUGCUUUGUUUCAGAGAGACGUGUUCACCCCCCAACCUCACUCCUGGACCAAAAGUUUGAGAGCAGUCAUUUCUCCUACGACGUCUUUUAUGAGCCUCCCCCGUAAGGAUAUCACCUUUCCAGUCCUGAGUUAGAACAGUGAAUCAUCUUUUUUUUUUUUGAAAAUGAGCCCUAUUCUAACUGUCCUUUGGAAAAUUAAGGGUAUCUUUAAAAUGAGAGUCUGUAAGUGGCAUUCUGUGAUGGUGUAUACCUUGGCUGGUGAACUUUUUCAGAUAAAGAAAGCAAUUUAAGAAUUAAGACCAAUUUUUCAAAAACUAUAGAAUGAUGGGCAUUUUCUUCAGCUAUGUGAUCCGAUUAUACUUGAGUUGAAACUGAAAACUUCAUACCCUAUGCUGGUAUUCGUAUCGUUCUCAUGACUUACCUAGUGGAUUUGUUGCAUGUUUUAACUGUAGACGCAAGUCUCAAAAAUUGUAUUUAAAUUCUUAGUGUUAUUUUCACUAGCACACCAUUUCCUUCCCCAAGUUAUUAUCUCAAGCUUUAUAAAUUCUUCUAGGCAAGAGUAGAGCUGUGAGUAGAGAAUUGGAUUUUAGCCAUUUAAGUCUGUAGACAUAGCAGGUGACCCAACCUGAGUCUAGAGAGGAAGGUUAUGUGCUCCUGGACCUGAAUGGCUUUUCUGCUGCGACUAGUCACAUAUCUACUGAGAUUCAUUUGCAGAUAGAGUCCAUAAUCACAUGUGUUAUUAAUGAUCUACUAAUAUAUUUAAAUGACAAGAAGAGAGCUAGCCUUCAUUGUAAGCAACAUCAGGUAAGAAGCCCUAUCCUGAAUGAUAUUCCAUAAGCUUCCGGUCACUUCUGACAUGUCAUUCCAAGGUUGUUCCAGCCAGUUGUCUUGCAUUUGUAAAGGUGGUAUAACUCAGAGCUGUUGAGACUGCAAUCUUAACUGCUUUGGGUCUUUUAGUUUUGUUCUUUGCCGUAACCUAUACUCCUGGCCAAACCUGGCCACAAAGGCAAGAUUCGAAUCCAUCACCAGUGUAUGAAUAAUAACCUAGAGCCUGUGUCUGGCUUUUGAACUCCCAGUAAGAAUUCCUGCUAUUGUGGAAAGUAUCCCCUAAUUCAAAUAAAACAGUCAUAUAAUUUAUGGCAUGUUUUACUGAAUUGGUCCAACAUGUUGGCACUGGAAGGCUCAGCUAAGAAAUGUGUCUGGUGUCUUAAACUACAGAUUUCUGAUGACUCUUAAAAACCGGUUUCAAAGACUGAAAAUAUUUAGACUAAAGAGUUUCACUUGAAGUAGGACUACAUUUAUAGCUACAGCACGUGGUUUUGAGCAUUGUCGAAUUUGGUACAGACACAAGCAUGAUGCCAAUACUUUAGAAGUUGCCAACAUUUGCCUUUUAAAAGUUUUGAGAAGUGACAUUGACUUAUGCACAUUUAAGCAAUCCAGCAAUGCUUUAGAAGUCCAGGCAACAUGUAAAAUAUACUGAGACCUAAUUUUACUUUCCAUACUCUUUCUUCAAAGCAAGGUGAGUAGGAGUUUUAGUUGUACUGGCUCAUAAGAUUUUUUAAAUUACAAAGUGCAUGACAACAACCAAAGCCAACCCAGUCCUUCUCUUGGCAUUGUGAACUGGGGACCUGUAGCCAACAACUUGACUCAUUUGACUAUUUGUCUAGACGAGGGGUCUGCAAAAUUUUCCUGUAAAGACGCAGAGAGUAAACAUUUUUGGGUUUGUUGGCCAACGUUGCCUGUCGCAGCUACUCAACUCUGUCACUCUAGCAUGAAAGCAAACAUAGCUAAUGUGUAAAUGAAUGAGCAUGGCUGUAUGCCAGUAAAAUUUUAUUUACAAAAACAGGUGGUCAGCCCUAGGACUGUAGUUUGCCAAUCCCUGAUCUAGAUUCCUUUACCCUUGCUGUGUAGUUUCUUUCCUGCUCCUUGGGCGUUCAGGAGUUGAAAAGGUGACACUUCAUGAUUCAUGGCAAACGAGAAUACUAUGGGAUUGUGGAGCCAUGUCUUGAUAUUUACAUUAGGAUCUUGUUGUUUAUAUAAGAUACAGAUGGAAGCAAUGAGUUUGUUAUUGGUGCCCAGGUUUCUCUUGAAAGCAGUGGUUCAGGGGCGCCUGGGUUGCCCAGUUGGUUAAGCAUCUACCUUCGGCUCAGGUCAUGAUCCCAGGGUCC